AUGUCUCCUCGCAGUGCGAACCGCUCUGAAUACCAGCCCUUAUCGUCCCAUGACGAUGAGACCGACAUUGGUGACGACCCUCGCCCAUCUACCAGCCAACAUAGAGGCUCCCAUCAACCUCGCCGAACGCUGCGACCAGGUAGCAUCGACCUAACCAAGUUAGACAACGCAUUCAAGAGAUGGACAGAGUCCAUUGCUCAAAAAGUCAAGCGAAAGAGGAAGACCACGGACCGCUCCAGGAAGCAAAUAUGGCGCAGUGUCUUCGAACCAGCGGUCACCGGCUUGCCAAGCUCAGGAUUCGUAAAGACCUUGGAUCAUAAAGCGCCCAUGACGCAGACCGACUUCGACGCGGUGGUGUCGUUGGUCAAGGGCGCGAUACACGAGGGGGUUCAUCCGAAAAUGAUUACUAAAGGGUCGUCCGGGUCUUAUUUUGCGAGGGCGAAGAUCGAGGGGCGUGUCCAAACAGUUGCCGUAUUCAAGCCCAAGGAUGAAGAACCGUAUGGAAGACUGAAUCCUAAAACCACGAAAUGGUUACAUCGUCAGUUUCGAUGGAUCAUACCCUUUGGACGUGCCUGCCUUAUCCCUAAUCUAAGUUAUAUCUCAGAAGCCGCAGCCUCAUUAUUAGACGACAGACUAGACCUCCACAUUGUCCCUCCGACGCAGCUGGUUUCCCUAUCAAGUCCUGCAUUCUUCUACGACUGGCUCGACCGGAAUGCUGCCAAGAAGGGGAAACCUCUGCCCGAGAAGAUUGGUAGCAUGCAAUAUUUUCUUCAUGGAUUCCAAGAUGCUUCCGAUUUUCUGCGCAAAUAUCCAUGGCCUGGACGGGCUAUAUCUGACACAUUUGACGACUCCACGCAUCGACAUGGAAACUUUUCCAAGCGCUUUCUUGGUGCAAUGAAGAUAAUAUGCGGCAGAACUGGCGAUACUGAUGAUUUGUACGAUGAAGCCGACUACGAAGAUGAGCGUGUACUCUAUGAUGCUACAGAGGCAUCAGAGGUGCAGAGACCGUUUUACUGGAGCCAGCAGCUGCAACAAAGUUUCCGAGAAGAACUCGAGAAACUUGUCAUUCUGGAUUAUCUUAUGUUGAAUACUGACCGUGGAGCAGACAACUAUAUGAUCAAAUAUUGUGAAGGCGAUCAUGACAAAGCACUAGUCGACGUUGCUCCUUCUCGUUCUGUUCGGCUGGAAAUGCCUGUCAUGAGUGAACUACGGCGAUCCGAGAUGCAGAGUGUGCCUCGCAUGGGCUCAUCAUCAACGUACCAACCCACCCUUUCCCCAGUACCCUCUGGCUCCAAUACACCAAACUCGGAUUACAAACGCAAACCUCACAUUCACAUUGCCGCGAUCGAUAACUCAUUGUCUUUCCCUCACGAACAUCCCCAAGGGUGGCGGUCCUACACAUACGGCUGGCUCUACCUACCAGUCAGCAUCAUUGGUCGACCAUUUAGUGAUCGGACGCGGAACCAUUUCCUUCCUUUGUUGACCUCCAAGACAUGGUGGGAAGAGACUACUUUCCAACUGGAAAAACUGUUUGUUGUGGACCCGGAUUUCCAUCCAAAGAUGUUUGCGCGACAAUUGGCUGUGAUUAAAGGUCAGGCUUGGAACAUUGUCCAGUCAUUGAGGCAUGCAGAUGAAGGACCCCUGGAGCUAACACGGAGGACGAAGGCUCUUGUCUGGGAUGACGAGAUUGAAAUCCCAGAGGAUACAAUGCAUGACAACCCCAAUGGGCUGCCAUCUCCUCAACUUUCCGUCAACAGCGUCCCUCCUCCAAGGCGUACGCGCAGCCAAAGCAUCGGCGGCGGGGAGUUUCCUCCACCGAUGCGCCGUACGUCUACAGACGCUUCUGGCGCACCACGGCCGGUGCCCUUUGCGGAAAAAUUCCAGCGCGUCCAUCCAGGCACUACUGGUGUCACAGUGUUGGAACAUCUGGAAAGGCUGGAUGCAGUUGAAGCUAGUUUACAGCGGCUCGGCUCGGAUGUGGUUGAUGAAGAGGAAGAGGACGUCGUGGAGGUAGUACGUUCUAAGUCCAAAUCAAAAGCUAAGGUUCAAGCAGGAUCAUCGCACUCCGCUCCCACCACAGCUGCUGUUCUGUCUUCGCCGUUUACACCUCCUGGUAGCCCCCCACUCGCCACUGUGCCUGAACUGCCGUCUAGAAGGAGUUCUAUUGAUGAAGAAGACCUUGUCGCUCUCUCCAAGUCAACAUCCCAUGUUGAAGGCAGUCCUUAUGACCGCCGUCAGCCUACCUUGUCUACUGCUGGGAUGGAGUGGAUACAGAAUGCGGAAUCCCCAGCGAAGCGAAUUGUAAUCGUCGAGGUGUGUUCCUUUCCCCCUACCUUAGUCAACGUCUGGCUGAAGCCUUCAAACUAG